AUGUCAAAGAUUGGAAAGCGCUCCAAGGUGGAAGAGGAUGAUGCACAGUUCACUGAUGAACAGAUUGAGGCUCUGGAGGCUAACCAGAAGGAGCUCGAGCGCGUGGAGCUGGCGCUAGAGCGUCAAACAUUUCUUCGAUUGGACAAAUAUUACGAGAAGCGCCGGUCAACCUUGAAGGCCAUUCCCAACUUCUGGCGGACCGCCAUACGAAACCAUAUCCUUUUGUCAGAGGCGACUUCGCUCCUCGAUGACCAGAAGGCUCUCUCCUUCCUCGAGGACAUCAAUGUCGUGCGUGACCCCAGGGAACAUCGCGCAUUUACCAUUGAGUUCUACUUUGCGGCAAACCCGUUCUUUACUGAAUCUGUUCUCAAAAAAGAAUACAAGCUCACCCCCUCCAGCGAUGCUGCUGCCAAUCAGCCAGAUGAGGAUGGGAUCUCGGAUGCGAUUCUUAACUUCGACUUGAAGCGGGAUACCGAGCCAUCGACGAUCAAAAUCGGUUGGAAGGAGCCUGACAAGACUUUGACCCAGUUAUAUCCACGAGUCACGGACCCAGAUGAUGAGGAGUCUGUGGAAGACCACGGUUCUUUCUUCAACGUUUUUGAGCACCCUGACGCUGAUGGCGAAAUCGCAAACGCCAUCGCGUUUGACCUCUAUCCCACUGCAAUUGAUUACUUUUUCAACCGUGGGGAGAACAGCCUCGGUGCCUUGGGUAUGGAAUCAGACUCAGAUGAGGAGGAAGAUGGGUCAGAUGAGGAGGACAUUGAUCUGGAGAAGCCUAAAAAGAAAGCUAAGAAGGCUAGGCACUAG